UUCAAUGUCGAAUACAAAACCCAUUUGGAAAAAAGUACUUUAUGAAAGACAACCAUAUCCAGAUAAUUAUACUGAUAAAAAAAUCUUUCUACGCGAUUUGAGGAAAAAUAUAAAUGUCAGGGAACUUACAUUUACAGAAGCUGUCUUAGGAUCCCUGCUAAUACUACAAGAAUUCUGCAAUAUAGUUACAUUUGUAUCAAUCUACUUUUAUUUAUUAUAUGAAUGGAUCGAACCAGUUGUUCUACUUACUUGUAUGAGUGUAGUGACUACAAUAGCUUUCAUAUAUUACAUUCUAGUGUUUAGUAAAAAUGUAAUCCAUAAACUUGGAAAUGAUCUAAGAACUAUUAUCACAUUUAUAGUUGUUGGUAGGCUCUUUUCUCCAGUUCUUCAUACACUUACAGAUACUGUGAGUACAGAUACCAUUUACACUACAACAUUCUUAAUGAUGGCAAUACACAUGAUUUUUUUUGAUUAUGGAGUAGGUGCAGCAAUUGUUUCCAACAGUGUAUCUUUGAGCACAGCAAUUUUUGCUUCAAUUUGUUUAGCUUCAAGACUGUCAACGGCUUUUAAUGCAUUCAUUUUAAUGACAGCAGCAAUAGAAAUGUUUGUACUAUUUCCAAUUUUAUGUACUGCUCUGAAAAACCCUCUUUAUUUUGUUUGGAUUCUUUUAAUAAUAGAUAUUUAUUUGUUGGUGUAUUUAAGUAACCUAGCACUUAUUUUAUACAUGUCUACAGUAGUUUUAAUAAGCAUUGUUUGUCCUUUCUUGUUUGUAUAUUUGCAGAAAUAUAAGGAGACAAUUUAUGGUCCUUGGGAUGAAGCUGUAGUCAAUGAUGUAGACAGCAUAAUUAAUAAUUUUCAGAUAUUAUAAAUACCUUUAUCGAGUUUUGUAUUGAUUUAAAUGAAAUAUAUACAAUUUUAAUAUU